GUCGGGGAACCCGUCGACCGCACCGGCCAAGCCGGGCCAGAAGAAGAAGAAGGCGGCGAAGCCGACGCAGGAUCUGGCUGCUAAGAUUGUGGUAUGUCCUUUUCCCCAUUCUUUCUUUCGCAAUACUUCGGGAGGAGGUGGGUAGAGAGUGGUUUUGAAGGGAGGGCAGAGAGGGAACAGGGAGCGAAGGAGCUCCAUCUCCUCUUUGUUUUGAAGAGCAUUCAGAGCUGACACAUUAUCUCACAGCCGGCCUGUCUAUCUUUCGUGCUGACCAUCUUCCUCACCGCGCCCGUGCUCUACAUCCUCCUGGUCCUCUUCGGAGCGCCGUUGGUCUCCCACCAUGCCCACACGAUGUUACUGGCUUUGCAUCUCGCCUUCCUGACCACGCCGCCAUUGUUCUACGUUCAUGGCCUGGAGGCCUCGACCUGGAUGCGGCUCGCCAGUCUACAACAGCCGAUCGACGAGAUUUUCGGAUUGGCGCUGGGCGCGUGUUUAGGAGCGUGGAUCGGCGCGAUUCCAAUCCCGCUUGACUGGGAUCGUGACUGGCAGCGGUGGCCGGUGACGGUGCUAUGUGGGGCGUACGCGGGAGCUGUGAUUGGAAAGCUCGCGGGCGGAUAUUUGUUCAAGGGCAUGAAGAUGAAAAUCAAUUGAACCCUUGAAAGCUAGGACCAAAAAAAUGUGAUGAGAGUGGAGAGAGAGAUGGCGAAAAUUAGAGGCGAUGCCUCCCGAAAUACCGCUGCGUAUGAGAGGCAGUGAGACGGAUCUAUAGAGAUAUAAUGCAGAUGAUGCU